AUGGAUAACUUUAUUUAUAUAAAUAUAUUGUCAAGUUUUGAUCCAAAUGAUAUUGACAUUUUCUUUUUAAAUCGUCAGCGUAUACGUAAUGUUAGGCAUACUGAACAACUUAUUCCUGUAUUUGCUAUUCCACCAGCUGGAUCAACUCCAAUUGUUCGUAUGCUUCGACAAGUUUUACAAGAAAAACAACUUGAAAUUCAAGAACGUAAAUUAUUAAUAUUGAUUGCUACAGAUGGUGUACCAACAGAUGAUGGUGGACAACAACAUAUAAAAAGGGUGUGGGUGUAA